CGGUGGUAUCGUCCACUCCCCCGGAAACGUCGGCGACAGCUAAAACCCCAGCAAAGCCGAGAAGAGUGGAACAGAUUUGUUAACCAACUACCAACUGUUAAAAGAACAAUCCGGGCCGUUUGGCAGACAGCGUUACAAUAUCAGAAACACUGGACAAGCUUAAUCUCUUAGAUUUGAAUGGACAAGGCAGCCAGAAGUACACAGCCCAGCUAGUGAAGCCCAUUAAAGGUUCAGUGAUGCCUGUGAAGAAGAAGAGGAAGCUCCCUGAUGCGGAUGAUAAUGAGCGCAGGUGUAAAAUAACAAGUUUUACGCGACCUCAGAUCCGUGGCGCCAGGCCGAUCGCUGAGAAGCUGUUCUCCAAUAAGAAGUGCCUGGCCUGGUUCCACGAGUACGCCGGCCCCGACAAGGUGGUCGGUCCGGAGGCCAUGGAGAAGUUCUGUGAAGACAUUGGUGUGGAACCAGAGAAUAUUAUCAUGUUAGUUUUAGCCUGGCAUCUAGAAGCAGCAAGUAUGGGGUUCUUCACAAAAGACGAGUGGCUCAGGGGAAUGACAUUAUUACAGUGUGACUGCACAGAGAGGCUACAGAGCAAACUGGAUUACCUGCGUGGUGAGCUCAACGACUCUGUAGUCUUCAAAAACAUCUACAGAUACGCCUUUGACUUCGCCAGAGAUAAGGACCAGAGGAGUUUGGACAUGGACACGGCUAAAUCCAUGCUGGCCUUGCUGCUGGGGAGAACAUGGCCUCUCUUCCCAGUCUUCCACCAGUUCCUGGAGCAGUCCAAGUACAAGGGGAUGAAUAAGGACCAGUGGUAUAAUGUUCUGGAGUUCAGCAGGACCAUCAACACAGACCUCAGUAACUACGAUGAAGACGGAGCUUGGCCAGUGCUGCUAGACGAGUUUGUGGAAUGGCAGAAAGCUUGGUCAGCAUCGUAGCAGACAACGUCACAGCACCAAACAGGAAAAAAAAGGGAGAGAAAA